AUCACAAGGCCCAAGGCAACGAACUAACUCAUCAGCAUUACACCAGUAUCAACAACCAAUCAUGGCUACUAGCGCCGUGCUUCUGGUGGUUGCUGCCGUUGUUGCUCUCGUCGCCGGCCAUGGCGCCGCCUUCGACCCCAACCCUCUCCAAGACUUCUGCGUCGCCGACACGACAUCGAAAGUGCGCGUGAACGGGGUCCCGUGCAAGGACCCGGCGGCGGUGACCCCGGACGACUUCUUCUUCUCCGGCGUCGACCGCGCCGGCGCCGGCACGGCGAGCCGGCGGUACGGGUUCACGGCGCUGUCCGUGCAGAUCCCGGGGCUGAACACGCUGGGCGCGUCGCACGCGCGCGUGGACGUGGCCCCCGGCGCCGUGUUCCCGCCGCACUACCACCCGCGGGCGUCGGAGACGGCGGUGGUGCUGGACGGCGCCGUCUACUUCGGCUUCGUGUCGUCGUACCCGGAGAACAUGGUGUACGCCAAGGUGCUCCGGAAGGGCGACGUCUUCGCCGUGCCGCAGGGGCUCGUCCACUUCCUCUACAACAACGGCACCGAGCCCGCCGCGCUCUACGCCACGCUCAGCAGCCAGAACCCAGGCCUCGUGCUCCUCGCCGACGCGCUCUUCGCCUCGGGGCUCCCCGACGACCUGCUCGCCAAGACGUUCCUCACCGACGUGGGCACGGCACACAAGAUCGGAGCAAAGUUCCGGUCUUAGAACGCCGGCAGAUCGAUGAAGUUUCUUCUCUAGUUUCCAACUUAUCGUUCAUCAUGCAAUUUGAAAUAAACAUGUGCAGGAAAUGCGACAGCUUGUCGCCAAAAAUAGAAAUGCUGAUUUUACAUAUGGUGUGCUGUGUGCUGUGCAGGAAAUGCUGAUUUUACAGCUUGUCGACAGUUUGAAAUUUGAAGUAAAAAAAAAAAGAAGAAGUCGUUUUCCUUUUCUCA